GGUUUCUGUAUCUGCAAUUGACAUUUGUAAGCUCUUUGUUGUGGUACUUCUUUCGCUUCCCUAGCUACCUGUUCUGGCGCAGGCAACUUGCAGUCGUUGACUCUUAUUACUGCUAGGCAUAUAAUAGGGCCUGUCAAACCAACCUUUAGGAGGUAAAGCCAGCUGCCAGGGAAGUUGCGUAGCUGGAAAGUGCGAAAGCCAUAGGGCUAGCCCUCUGGGCCAAUGGCAGGGAUGGAGCUGGACCGCGGAGAAAGCAGAAAUGCUAGGUCCGGGCUGACGACAUCCUUCAGGUCUAGCGGUUUUCACGUCCUAGAACCUUACACCUCUGCAAAAUCCGUCACAGACGCAGAACUCCCAAGCACCAGCGGGAGAGGACAGCCCAGCAGCGGCAGCCAUUUACGGUCCCAUGGGGCGCAGGUCCAAGCGCAAACCUCCAGGGUGUGGACGGGCCACAUCCAGGCCGACAAUGUUGGCUUUAAACUCCUUAAGAAAGCUGGGUGGAGCGUUGGGAUGGGACUAGGCGCGGACGAACGGGGUCGGCGGGAUCCCAUCGAGCCGGUCAUGCCCAAGGGGACGCGUGGCCUAGGCUUUGACUCGCAAGCAGCGCAACGACAGCAGCAGCAAAAACAAGAGCAGCAGAACUCUCAGGGCCAGCACCAAGGACGGAAGCGCAGCGCGGCUGAGGCACGGCGUGGUGGUGGCGAACUGGUAGCAUCCAUCGUCCAAGAGGAGUUGGCCGCGGAGACUUUAGACCAAAAGAUUGCCCGGCAUCGACACAUCAUGAGGUGGGUCGGGCAAAAGCGCACCAUACUGGAUGCGCGCGCGAAUACUGGCCUGGCAUCAUAUGUGACCCCCCACAAACCCUCCAUCUCCACUCUUCCUUCCCUGCCCCUGUCCUCCUCCCUGUCGUCCACCCACCCGCCUCCCUCCUUCCCCCGUCUUGGUCCUACCCUUUUCCCUCCCUGCUCUGGUGUACCGUGUACCGGCACCUAAUCCCUGCCCUGCCAACCAACCCACCCUCCAGUGUGGAGGCCCAGCAGGCUCGCGGUCGCGCCAUCGAGCGCUACCUGCGCUCCGCCUUCAAUGACCCCUUCGACUCGCUGCACUCCGACGACCGCAACCCACUCAGCCGCCCGCACAACCUCACCUCCAGCAACCCCCUGCUGGAUCCGCUUGGGGACUGACACGCGGGGCAGCCAGCUGGGGGCAGCUGGGGGUAAAAUAGAGAUAGCUGCAUCAACGGAGUCAGGUGGACAGCUGAUGGCUGGCAAGCGGAGCAAGUGUUCACGGUUGCCCAAGACGUUCGAUGCCGGUGAUGUGUACCUGGUUUGCCUCUUGCUAUAAGCUAGUGGAGCAGAACGGGGCGGUGUAGGCGAUGAAGGGGGGCCGGGUGCCAGGUUUGUCGUGCCAGUGCCCUCGCCCCUUCCGAGCUUGUGUGACAAGUCAGCUGAGUUCCGUACAGAUUUGAUGCGUUUUGGUCUCGGUAGUAGGUCGGUGUCAGUGGUGGGGCCGUGUCGAGCAAUGCGAUAGGCAGAUUCCCCCGCAGUUGGGCAUGCUGGUUCAAGGUAGCUGCGAUGUACGUUAGUGCAUGAGGCAGACAGUCCAUAAUGUAAAUUUAGUACCUCC